CUUCCUCUUGACCUCAUUUCUGCAGAACUUGGUCCAUAUCUAUUUUAGUAUUGCUCAUUGCUUCAUUUCUCCUCCUAUCCUCUUAAAUGUCUAAGCUAUGAGACAAUUUUUGGAGCUCUGAGACAAACUCUCCCAGUCUGAGCUCUAGAGCAAUUCCUAAGAGUCCCUUAGGGAGUAAAGUAAUACCGCGCAAUGCCUGCAUCUUUGGGGUGGGGGAAAGCCUCCAGGAACUAGAUUUAGUCCCAGAGAGGACAAAAGCAAAGGCCGAGGAAAGGGCUGAAGGUCCAUAGAAGGACAGAAAAAAACAGCACAAGCAUCAGAUAUUCUGAAGAGCCUGACAAGAAGGGACUGAAGGGAAAGGGAACUUGUGGAGCAGCAAAGAAGCAACACCAUCCGCACAAAUUAUGAGCAACCUAAACAAUGGGAAGAUGGAAGGUGAUGCUUCUGUUGGUCAGGAUCCUCCUCCCUAUUCUGAAAAGCUGCUCAGCGGAGAACCAGAUCAACGGGCACUACCUGCUGGGCUAAGCAGUCCCAUGGGCUAUGCGGCACCUCUACCUGUCCCACAACAGUACCAACUUUAUUACGGUCCACCUGCUGUAGGAUUGAGCCAAGCCACAGUCCUUCAGCCUCCACAGACCAUCAUCAUCACGACUAUCGACCCUAUGGAAGAGCCAGAUUACAUGGGUUUCUCCAUCUUCACCAUGCUUUGCUGUUUCUUACCCCUUGGAAUUGCUGCCUUUGUAUAUUCCAUAAAGGACAAGUACGAGAUGUAUUCGGUGGAAAUGGAAAAGCAGUCCAGUGGGGACAUGGAUGUGAAGAUCAAGAAGAAGAAGAGCAAAGGAGCAAAGAAGAAGGAGAAGCUGGAGAACAUGAAGAAAGAGAUGGAUGUGGAUGAUCAUCAAUUGUCUGUGGAAGAACUGGAAAUGAAGUACCGGACCAGUGUCAACAAGGGUUUGACCAGCACCAUAGCAGGGGAGAUUUUUCUUCGUGAUGGCCCAAAUGAGUUGAAGCCCCCCAAGGGCACCCCAGAAUACGUCAAGUUUGCCCGUCAGCUGGCUGGUGGGCUGCAGUGUCUCAUGUGGGUGGCAGCUGCCAUCUGCCUCAUUGCCUUUGGUAUCCAGUGUGGGCAAGGGGACCUUACCAGCGCUGAUAAUCUGUACCUGGCUAUUGCUCUCAUUGCUGUGGUGGUCGUGACCGGCUGCUUUGGCUACUACCAAGAAUUCAAAAGCACCAACAUUAUUGCCAGCUUCAAGAAUCUUGUACCACAGCAAGCGACAGUGAUUCGAGACGGGGACAAGUUCCAGAUCAAUGCCAAUCAGCUGGUGGUGGGUGACCUAGUGGAGAUCAAAGGGGGAGACCGAGUCCCGGCCGACAUUAGGAUCAUUACCGCACAAGGAUGCAAGGUAGAUAACUCCUCUCUUACAGGUGAAUCAGAGCCCCAGACAAGAUCUCCAGAGUGCACCCAUGAAAGUCCCCUGGAAACUAGGAACAUUGCUUUCUUCUCCACCAUGUGUUUAGAAGGUACAGCCACUGGCAUUAUCGUUAACACCGGGGACCGGACUAUCAUUGGGCGCAUUGCCAGCCUGGCAUCAGGUGUGGAGAACGAGAAAACUCCUAUUGCCAUUGAGAUAGAGCACUUUGUGGACAUCAUCGCUGGCCUGGCUAUCUUCUUCGGGGGCACCUUCUUCAUUGUUGCUAUGGUGAUUGGUUAUCAGUUCCUCAAGGCCAUGGUCUUCUUCAUGGCUAUUGUGGUGGCCUAUGUCCCUGAGGGCCUUCUGGCAACGGUCACGGUGUGUCUUUCCCUCACAGCUAAGCGCCUGGCUAGAAAAAACUGUGUGGUGAAGAACCUAGAGGCUGUGGAAACACUGGGCUCCACUUCGGUCAUCUGCUCUGACAAAACUGGAACCCUGACGCAGAACCGCAUGACGGUGUCCCAUCUUUGGUUUGACAACCAAAUCCACACCGCGGAUACAACAGAAGACCAGUCAGGCCAGAGUUUUGAUCAGUCAUCAGAGACAUGGAGAGCUCUCUGCAAAAUUGUAAGCCUCUGUAACCGUGCCUUUUUCAAGUCAGGCCAAGAAGAUGUACCUGUACCAAAGCGGAUCGUGAUUGGAGAUGCCUCGGAGACCGCCCUGCUGAAAUUUUCUGAGAUAACUCUAGGGAAUGUCAUGGAGUACCGGGAGCGCUACAAGAAAGUCUGUGAGAUCCCUUUCAACUCCACCAACAAGUUCCAGCUGUCCAUCCAUGAGCUAGAGGACUCUAGAGACCAGCGCCACCUGCUGGUGAUGAAAGGUGCUCCCGAACGCAUCCUGGAACGCUGUUCCACCAUCAUGAUCAAGGGUCAAGAGUUACCCCUCGAUGAGCAGUGGAAGGAAGCUUUCCAAACGGCUUACAUGGACCUUGGUGGGCUGGGAGAGCGUGUACUUGGAUUCUGUCACCUGUAUCUCCCCCAGAACGAGUUCCCUCGUGGGUACAACUUUGACAGUGAAGAAAUGAACUUCCCCACCAGCGGGCUCUGUUUCGCCGGCCUCAUCUCCAUGAUUGACCCACCCAGAGCUACUGUGCCGGAUGCCGUCAUGAAAUGCCGCACGGCGGGUAUCCGGGUAAUCAUGGUGACAGGAGAUCAUCCCAUUACUGCGAAGGCUAUUGCAGCCAGUGUGGGCAUCAUCUCAGAGGGCAGUGAAACAGUUGAAGAUAUCGCUACCCGACUGCGAAUCCCUGUAGAGCAGGUCAACAAGCGAGAUGCCCGGGCAUGCGUGAUCAAUGGGGGCCAGCUAAAAGAUAUGGAGAGCGAGGAACUGGUGGAGAUCCUCAAGAUGCAUCCAGAGAUGGUCUUUGCUCGUACCUCUCCGCAACAGAAGCUCAUCAUUGUUGAAAGCUGCCAAAAAUUGGGUUCAAUUGUGGCCGUAACAGGAGAUGGCGUGAACGAUUCCCCAGCAUUGAAGAAAGCUGAUAUCGGGGUGGCGAUGGGUAUUGCCGGCUCUGACGCCGCGAAGAACGCUGCCGAUAUGAUCUUGCUGGAUGACAAUUUUGCUUCCAUCGUCACUGGUGUUGAACAAGGACGCCUUAUCUUUGACAAUCUCAAGAAAUCCAUCGCCUACACCUUGACAAAGAACAUCCCAGAGCUGACCCCCUAUCUGAUUUACAUCACUGUCAGCGUCCCCCUCCCCCUCGGCUGCAUCACCAUCCUCUUCAUUGAAUUGUGCACAGACAUUUUCCCCUCGGUCUCUUUGGCCUAUGAGAAAGCUGAGAGUGACAUCAUGCACUUGAAACCACGCAACCCUCGGCGGGACCGUCUCGUCAAUGAAGCCCUGGCCGUCUAUUCCUAUUUCCAGAUUGGAGCCAUCCAGUCCUUUGCAGGCUUCACUGACUACUUCACUGCCAUGGCCCAGGAGGGCUGGUUUCCACUAAAGUGUGUGGGCCUUCGGGCUGACUGGGAGAAUGAUCAUCUCCAGGACCUUGAGGACAGCUAUGGGCAACAAUGGACCUUUGGCCAACGCUUGUACCAAGAGUAUACAUGCUACACCGUCUUCUUCAUUAGCAUCGAGGUGUGCCAAAUUGCUGAUGUCCUGAUCCGCAAGACACGGCGCCUCUCGGUCUUCCAGCAAGGAUUCUUUCGCCUCUCUAGAUUCCAGUGGUGGCUAGUGCCCCUGCCCUAUGGCAUCCUCAUCUUCGUCUAUGAUGAAAUCCGAAAGCUGGGAGUCCGGAGACACCCUGGAAGUUGGUGGGACAAAGAACUCUACUAUUAAAGGCCAUGCUUUCUGGAGACCGCUGUCUGAACCAGCCUGGGGGUAUGAGAAGCUACAGCAAGAAGGAGUUAAGGAUACACAACUGUCCCAAACGCGCUGCAUUUUUCACACCUCUUAAGACAAAGCUUUAUACCCCACUUGCCCUUCAUCAAAACACUAGUUGGGGGUGUUGGUGUACAGAGAGGAAGGGAACACUACAGUACUCUGCAUAUGCUGGGAUGGCAGCUUGAUACAGAAAUUGCCACAGGAUACAGAGUUACAUACUUGAUAUCAAUAAGACAUAGAAGAUAGGAGAAUGAACAAGACUGAUCAAGAGCCGGCAUAGCUUUGUCUCUCUCCUCUGAAGGGUGGAAGUGAAAUAAAAUUAGAUGAAAUAACCAACCGAGUGCCAAUGAUCAUUAUUUACAAAGAACACGAGGGCCUGAGCAUUAGUUUUUGCAUUAAGCACAGGGUUUUCACAGUUACGGUUGAAGAUGAUCGGAGGUGAUCAACUUGAGCAGAAUGAGAUUCACAGUCUCUCUUCUGAUUGUUCAGAAGUAUAAAGCCUAAAAUUAUUUUCGCCUUUUUUGCAGCCACAUUGCACUGUUGGCUUAGAUUCAGCUUGUGAUCUACAGCACUUCCAAUUGGUUAGCACUACUUUGCGCAGAUAGGACUGACUAGCAGAUUUUUAUAGUCCAGUCCCAUUUAUAGCCUCGUUCACAAGGGUGUGUUAACAGUCUCCAGAAAUGUGAUACAAGGCAAGACCACUACAUAUCCCUGUUUUCUUGCUUCUGCAGACAGCUUGCCCCGCUGGUACCUUCUGCCUACAUCAGGUCCCAGAAGUAAGCUAUACCACUGCCAGAAGUAGUUACACCACUUACAUGACCCAUUCAUCUGAACCCAAACAGAAACACAGAACUGCAGCGCUUGCCAGAGACACAAGGAUCAGGCAGCAGUAAUGCUGAGCUAAAUCACACAGCUCUGUGUAUCAGCCCAUACAGUAGAU